GUUGUGAAUGCUGGUUCCAAUCACCGCAAAAGAUCUCUCUCUUCUCCAUCAAGCUCACAAAUACAAACUAUAAACAUUUCGCAAGCACAAAACAACAAAGCACAAAACGAUGAGAUUCCCAUCCUUCUCCUUGUUUCUCGCGCUCGGUCUAGCUGCCCAGUUCACUGAGGCCUGUGAAGAUCUCGUUGAGGUUUCCCAGGAGGAUCUACAAUCCUUGCUCCCAAGAUCACUUGAUUGGAAUGACACCAAGAGCGUUCAGGAGUUUGUCGUCAGCGAUGGCUCAUAUGUGACGCCCGCUGAAACCACCGACUUUCAAGAGACCGCCACGUAUCAGGAAGUGACAGACUUCUUUUCUAGACUUGCACAGGAAAGUGAUGCUGUUCAGGUCCAGUCGAUUUUAACAAUGCCAAAUGGCGAAGAGCUCUGGCUUGUCACAGUGUCGGGUGAGCAGCGCUUCAGCCCUGAUGAUAUGCAAAACCCAACAAUCUUGGCCACUGCGGGCAUUCACGCUGGUGAAUCUAGUGGAGUCAAUGCGGGGAUGAUGUUCGUUCGAAACUUGGUGUUCAACGAAGAAUACAAAGAGCUCCUCAACUCGGUCAACUUUUUGUUUGUGCCGGUCUUCAAUAUUCAAGGAUACCUUCGCCAAAGCCCUCAAGGAAGGAUCAAUCAGCAUGGUCCCAAUACUUCUGGACGCCGGGCCAAUGGAAACUGGAAGAAUCUCAACAGGGACUUCAGCAAGUUGGACACCGAAGAAGUGCGGGCUGUUGUUGGCAUCAUGAGGGACUACGAUCUUUCGUUCUACACUGAUCUGCAUUCUACUGACGGCAUGUCAUAUCAACCAGACGUGACAUGGUGCGAUAAUGGAGAUGCAGGGCUCUCCAAUGAGAUCCAUGGUUGGCUCCGUGGCGAAAUGCAACCGGCGUUGGAGGCCUUCGUCGAGAGUUACGACCACUUUCCAGCUGUGUGCUACUCUGCCAAUGACAAGAUGGAUCCAACCAAGGGAUUCUACCCUUACUUCAGUGAUGGUCCCUCGUACAGCACCAACUACGCUGAUCACCGACAAAUCCCAUCUUAUCUCUUGGAAAUGCAUUCGUUGAAGCCAAACAAGCAACGCGUCCUUGGAGCUCAUGCCUUCUUGCUUGGUCUUACGAAGAUUAUCUCUGAGAAAGCUGACUCCUUGCGUGUUGCUGUUGAAGCUGAUCGUGCUGCUCGAGCUGAUCCCGUCCCCGUCGCUUGGGGCUACGACUCACCAGCCCCACAGGUGGAUUGGCCGAUUUUCGAGUAUGAAGUUGUCAAGAACCCCGUGUUGGGCAUUGACCAAAUUGUGUGGUCCGACGUCCCCAUGACCAUUACAGUAGAACAAUCCACUCGCUCGACACCCGUCAAUUCGCCCAAACGCCCCUAUGCAUAUGUUGUCCCAGCCGUUUGGGAAGACGUCAUCGAGGUACUUGACAUGCACGGCGUCCAAAUGGAGGUCUUUACGGAGGAAACUGUUUGGGAGGUCACCAACUAUCGCACCGAAGACGCCAGUCUAAAACGCUUGCGGGAAGGUCGUCCCGAGAUCAGCGGCGUGGGCAUCCCCGAGAAUUGCACCCGUGUGUACCGAAAGAACGAUGUCUUGAUCAAGACGGACCAACCUUUGGGUACUCUUGCCGUGGCAUUAUUGGAACCCGCUGGCGAGGGUAGUCUGUUUGUUUGGGGGUUCUUUUCGAGUAUGCUCACCAGUCAUGAGUAUCCUGAGAACUACAUCAUGAUUCCACUCGCCGAGAAGAUGUUGGAGGAAUCUGAGGAACUACGAGCGGAGUGGGAGAACUACAAGGAAGAAAAUCCCUCCUAUGUGAAUGAAACCGAAACUACCCUGGACUGGUUCUUCCGUCGCUCUGCUUACUAUGAUGCGGAGGCCUACAUGUACCCCGUGGGGGUCAUCUAUGAAGAACCAGCUGAAGCUUUUGACUUAGAGGAGUUUGAUUCUUCGAAUGAUGAUGCAGAUGACAAUGACGAAGAAGAGCAGGAAGGUGAAACUAGUGUUGUGGGCCGCUCUCAAUGGUGGCCCCUUGGCAGUGAUGGAGGACUCAGGCGAAGGAAGAACUGAGGUCAAGGUGUGAAGUGGGCCACAUGCGUGAUAAAUAGUCAAGCUGAAAUAGUAGUUCAUUGAGUGUCCUAACUUUUACCUCAAUACGGUAGGCAGUAGC